AUGCGCGAGCUCGGCCGUGGGGGCUCACUCGUGGCCGCCACCAUCGCGGCGCUGCACAAUCGUUCCGCGGCAGACGGCAAGCCUCGGUCGCUCAAACCGCCUCCGACCGCCACGACGCUAAGAGCCUCUAACGAGGACACCUUCUUCGAAGACAACUCCCGCCGGACGUCCGCGGCGAGCGAACGCCCCCAGUCGACGGCCUCCGAAGCAUCGGCCCACGACUCCGCCUCGGUACAGUCCAGCGAGGGGCGAACCCCCCACGAAAUGUCGUUCGCGAGGAGCCUCAUGUCCGACCGCGAGUAUCUCACGGAGCCCUUGGAUGGGGAUGAGGAGCGCGCGCCGGUGGACUAUGUGCACCCGGCCGCGCGCUCCUACAUGUACUCGCCCAUGGGCGGCGACUCGGAUAGCCCCGACGAAGCAACGGUGAAAUGUAGAACGUGGACCGACGGCACUUUGGCGCCACCUCGGGCGGACUCCUCCGACACGGAUUCCAGCAGUACCAGCGACGACGAUUCCGAGGAACGCGAAUACGAUACCGGCUGCGCGGACGCCGACUACAGGACGCUGACGCCGAACAGGCGGAUAGACAACUCGAGGCGGUGCGACGAUGACUUCAAGUGGGUGCCAACCGGGGAAAUAAUGGAGGAGGGAACGGAUGCCGCCUCCUCGAGGUCGCGCGCCGACGAGUACAACUCGGCCAGCUUGGACAGGAGGCGGCGGCCGGCGGCCGACCGCGGCGACCGGGACAGGAAGUCGAGGUCCUCGCUGACAGCGAAGCCGCCGCAGCACCCGGCCAGCGUGCGCGCCUCGCCGCGGCCGCGGCGGCCCAGGGACGAGGAGUCCGACCCGGCCGAUCUGCAGAGACGAUGGAACUCGUACGAGCACUUUCGCUGGCCCGAGGGUGGCUGGUGGCCCCCGAUGUGCUGGUGCCACGGGCCCCCCGUUCCGCCGCCCUGCUGCAUGCACGACCGUGCUUGGCCCUCACACCCCUCCCUCCCGCCGAUGCCCACGCGAACCUACAAGAACGAUGCCGAAGAUCGAGUUCGAAGGCUGGAAGCGGAUAAAGAGAGUCUGCAGCUCCAAGUGCAGGUUCUUUCCGAGCAAAUCGCGGCACAGACUGAGAAAAUGGCCGACCUGGAGCGAUCACUACUCGACACACGCCAGAAACUUGACGACACGGAGCAGAGAUUGCAGAAGGAGAUGCUUCAACGGUCGUCCCUUGAGACACAGAAGCUGGAGCUGUUGUCGAAACUCAGCGAAGUCAGGCUCCGAGUGGUGGAGCGAGGCGUUCUGGAACGUUCUCCGCCACCGGACGCGGCGCCGUUACCGCGGCCAGCACCGCCAAGAACGCCGCCAGCGAACUACGGGCGGCAGAUCGAGCGUAACACGCACCUCUACUCGUCGCUGCCGCGCUCCUCCGUGGUGACGUCAGAGGCGCGCGUGGCGUUCGGUAAACAGAACAACAUGGUGGUGGCGCGCGGCCGCGGACACUCGGUGCCAAAUCUAGCGGAGAAGGACGAGACGGCGGCGCGCGGCAGUCCGUCGCCGUCGCUGCGGGAGGUGCGCGCGCGGCUCGGCAGCGGCGGCGUGCGGCUCGAGGGCGACGAGCUGGCGCGCGGCUCGCUGCGGGCCUCGGCGCCGCGACACCGCGCCCAGGCGAUGCCCUGGCAAACGACCGACAUCCGCGAAUGGGAUUGCGAGACGACGUGCGGAUGGCUGGAAAGCCUGGAUCUGGAGGUCUACGUGGCCGCGGCCAGGGCUUGGCUCUCAGCCGCGCCGGUAGCGACGUCUAGGGGAGUCAUCGCCAACGCCUCGCCGGCCACAAUCGAGAAGGAACUGGCCAUAAAACACCCCAUGCACAAGAAGAAAAUCGUCUUAGCCAUCACCGAUCUCAUGGGCGGGCACGGCGACCCGCUGCUGACGGCCGCCGGGCGGCUGGACAGCGCUUGGGCGCUGCGCUGGCUGGAGGACGUGGGCGUGUGCGGGGCGCGGGGCGCGGCGGCGGACGCGGCGCUCGACGGCCGCCUGCUGCACCGCCUCUCGCACGCAGAGCUGCACGCGCACCUGCGCGUCACGCACGCGCUGCACGCGCUCUCCAUACGGCGGGGCAUCCAGGUGCUGCGCGAGAACCAGUUCAACGCGGAGACGAUGAUCCGCCGCGCGGCGGAGGGCGAGGCGCCGCCGGCGAGCGGCGACGGCGAGGCGGAGGGCGAGCGGCCGCCCCCGAGCGAGCUGGCGCGCUGGUCCUCCCACCGGGUGAUGCAGUGGCUCAAGGAGAUUGACCUCGCCGAGUACGCGCCCAACCUGCGCGGAGCGGGUACGUCCGACUGGCUCUCACUUCCAUCUCAAAGAAAUAUCCUUAUAGACCUGGCCACAUACGCGCCCAAUCUAAGCGGAGCGGGUACGUCCGACUGGCUCCCACUUCCAUCUCAAAGAAAUAUCCUUAUAGACCUCGCCACAUACGCGCCCAACCUGCGCGGAGCGGGUACGUCCGACUGGCUCCCACUUCCAUCUCAAAGAAAUAUCCUUAUAGACCUCGCCACAUACGCGCCCAACCUGCGCGGAGCGGGAGUUCACGGCGGUCUGAUGUUGCUGGAGCCACGUUUCACCGCCGAGCUUUUGGCCGCUUUGCUGAACAUUCCCGCCAACAAGACGCUCUUGAGGCGGCAUCUCACGCAGAGGUUCAACGAUUUACUGGGACGCGAGGUGAUUCAGCAGAAAAGGAACGCGGAACAAACACUCGGCUAUCAGCCACUCACUGCUACAACCAAAUAUAAGGUACCAAAGAAGAGCCAGUUCUCGCUAAAGCGAAAGAAGAGCAAGGAGGAGCUGGAGCUGUGCGAGCUGGUGUGCCCCCUGCGCGAGGACGCCUCAGACGACGAGAGCAAAGUCAGCGUCGGGCGUAGAGUUGGCUGUCUCUCCCCCGCG